GUAGUAUGAGGCUGAUUAGAUACGGAAGAUGUGUCACCACUACCACACAUCCAUGCAGAACAUAAAACAAUAUCGUGUAUUUUAGUACCCGACUUGUUUGGCACAAAAUAUGUAGGUUAGUGAACAAUCUUGUUUUAUUUCUCGGCCCCAAAAAUGUACAAUUACCGCAACAAUCGGCAACGGAGAAAAAGCUUGAGUCAAAAUUGGGGUUCAUCUUUCUUGAGAACUAAAAUUUCCAGAGAACAGUAUCUACUUGAAAAACGGACCUUAAAGGACAUUCAAUAUUGGGAAUGGCUUUUUAUUGUCAUUUCACUUUUUUCUGUAUUAAUCAACCUAGGAGUAAAUAUUUACCAGCUCACGAUGGCACUGAUCAACCAGGAACGCUACUUAUUCCCAGUUCUUUGCAUGGUUUUUAAUUUGUUUGCCAUUUACUUUACAUUCGUUGGAGCGUUGAAGGAACUUCCAUUUCAAAUUUUGAUGCAACUUGUUACAAAAAUCAUAAUUUGGAUUUUUAACUUGAUAUACUUUCUUACGCCAAAGGAUAAAGAAUAUCAAGAGGAUGAAACUGAAAAUGAAGUGAAAGCUAUCCGAUUCUACGUCUCAUCUUCCCUCCUAUUUCUCACAGUUUGUGUUGGAGGAUUUGUCUUUUAUCAAUAUUGGACUUCCAACUUGUCCUUGUUUAAAACGGUUGGGACAGAACCAAAAUACGUUAACAUGUGCCGAAAGCUUCAUCUUGGUCAGAGUCUCAUCAUUUUGGACGUGGAAAUCACAUUUGUGGCAGUUCUUUUAGCAGCUAGUUCAGGAUUAUCAACAAAUGACCUUUUCGCAUUGAUAGUAUUGCCUGUCGGAGUUCUCCUAGUUGUGAUUUGGGCAUGCAUUGGCUUUUUUGCGAUGAAGAAGGAAAGCAGAAUGUUGACAUACACAUUUUACAUUCUGAGCCACUUGCAACCAGUGUAUGUUAUCUAUCUCCUUGUGAGAUCACCAAAGAGUUCUGUAGGUGGCUUAUUAUUCAACUCCAUUAUUGUAGUAGCUGGACUAUUCUUCAUUAUUCAUGUCAUUUUAUUGGUGACCGUCGUCAAAAUUCAAUUUAAUUACGAUAAAGGGUUAAAACAAGCAGCCGAGAAGGAAAUAGCAAGAACAAAAUCUUUGGCACAAUCACUGAAUGUCAGCACAGAGUUUAUUGACAGACCCAGUGUUCCUAGACAUACAGAGAUUUGAAUUUUAUACAAUUUCGAUAAUUAAAUAAGCAUUUAAAGCUAAAACACAUGUGGUGAUUAUUUACCUAUUUUAGAAUUUAGUUUAAUGUAAAUCCUGUUUUUAAGAAACCAUUUACAUGCGUACUUAUAAAAUAUGCAAAUUAACAAUUUAGUGACAAUCCCAGUGUUUUGAAGAUAAUGAAAUAUAAAAGUAAAA